GACGACCUGCUGGGUAAACAACAGUGGAUGCCUCGUAAGGCAGGAAUGGGAACUUCGUCGAGGGCAAAUAGUGAGACAUUUCUAUCUUGUCAAGUAGAGACGUAAUAGAGAGGUCGUGUUAUCUUUCGAGGGCCGAUAGGACGCGUUUGCGAGUCAAAAUGGCUGAAUAUAACCGAGUAUUUGAUGAGUGAAGUGGAGCUAGCUCUAGCUUAGCUCGUAGCCUUCCAGGGCCCAUUGCCUUCGAUUUUGCUUCUCGGCUCAGCUCGGGACUGUGUUGUCAGUUUCACAAUCUCAGCCACUGCCGUCCUCAGGUCGCGAUUUCUGUGUAGGCCUGCGUAGUUGCAGUUUGGGCUAAAAUUGAGACAACUACCCGUUUUCAACGCUUGUUAUUACUCCCCACAGGAUUUAACCUCGCAUGUUGCAAAAAGGACGGUGACACAAUUUGAAAAAAGGACUUAGACCCAGGUUUUGUGCAAUGCAUUGGACAGAUGCCUAGAAAUUAAUGAGAGUGUACAUGGUGUUUGCCUUGUGAGGACAGACCUGCCACCAUGAAGAGUGAGGUGCCAUCUGAGGCCGCCAGCAGACAGGAGCAUCUGAAGGAGCCACUGGUAAACCCAGAGACCAUGGAGGCAGCCAAGAGCUUCCCUAACAACAUGGAGGUGAUUGGAAAGGCUGGUAGCGAUUUUGAAACCCUGUGUGAGUCCAGGCAUCGGCCCUUGAGGGACACGGGAACACACAGAGACUCAGAAAGGAGCCUCCCUGGGCGCAGAAAAAGAAAGGGCCAACAGGCAGGGCCGUCGGACUGCUCGUUGAAAGAGGGCCACAUCAGUGAGAGUUCACUGGCACCUCAGCGUCCCAGAGUAGAACUUUUGCAGCACCGCAGUGAGGAUGAACAUAAUCACGAGUCCUCUUUUAGUGACUGUGCUUCCUCCCCUUCAUCUAGCCUGCGAUUUGGGGACUCGGACACUCUCAGUUCAGAGGACGAGGAGGAAGCUGGAGCAACAGGGGGCCAACACAAGGCUCCUGCCCUGACAACAGGAGGAGCCACUGGAGUUGGCCUGCGCCCUGUUCUGGGUCGGACUCGGGGGAACCGCUCUAAUAAGUGGGUGCGGUCUGAGACUGAGCCUGUGCUGCUGAAGCGGCCAUGCCUGAGCAACCGACGGCCUCUGCAUAGGAAACGCUUUGUGAAAACUGCUCCUGGAGGAGGUCAACGGACGCAGAAGCAAAAGGAGCGACUACUACUGCAGCGGAAGAAACGUGAAGUGAUUGCACGUAGGAAGUAUGCUCUACUCCAUAGCACCAGUAGUUCGAGCGAGGAGCUGAGCAGUGACUCUUCCUCCCCCUCUUCUACCGAAGCAGAAGAUGAGCUGUAUGUAGAUGUCAGCAGCACCAGCAGCCAGCCCAACAGUGCUACUGUAGCCACAGGUGCUCUGGAUGAGGAUGUGGUGGUGAUUGAGGCAUCUCCAGCUCCAGCUCCUGCUGUCCCUGCAAGCGAAGAGAUCAAUGUCACAUCAACAGACAGUGAAGUAGAGAUCGUCACAGUCGGAGAUGGAUUCAGGUCACGCUCAGUGGGUGGUCUUGGCAGGAUUUGGGCUAGUAGUUGCUCCCAGAAUCGUCUCCAGGAGCCACGUGGACGUCACAGACUCUCCACCGUCAUCCAACCACUGCGUCAGAAUGCUGGGGAGGUGGUGGACCUCACAGUCGAUGAAGAUGAUCUCUCGGUUGUGCCAACAACCUCUGGCAGCAUUCACCCUCAAACAGUCAGGUCGUCCUCGUCAUCAUCUUCCCAUCAUGCCUCUACCUCAGAGCUCAAUGAUGCCCCAGGCCCUUCCACUAGCUGCUCAGGUUCAAUACCUGAAAGUAUGCACACACAGAGGCCAAGUGGCUCUGCUCGCACAGCCACAGAGGAUGACAAUAGGCCAGGUUUGUCAGGGACAGCAGGAGAAAAUGCAGGCACAGCCAUGCCCAGACUCCCAUCCUGCUGUCAGCAGCACUCCCCGUGUGGAGGUCCCUCUCCUGGUCACCUGUCCCUGAGCCACUCCCAUUCAAGCUGCUUGCAGGCGUCGUCCUCUCAGCAGACCAGCAGCUCUCAACACAGCCACGGCAACGCUCACCACUUUCUCCACCAUGUCCAUCAUCCGGCACCGCAGCCCCCAGGCACCGUGCCCUUUCAAGAGCCGAGCUGCCCUGUAGAGCGACCCAGUGCUCUUCCUGCCCCCUGUGCUGGAGUCAGCAGCAGCAGCAACAGCAGCAGUAGCAGCAACGCAGCCCACUACCACGACCAGCAAACUCUGCCAGUGGACCUGAGCAACAGCAGUGUUCGGAGCAGUGGAAACAGUGGGGCUAGUUUCCAUGGCAGCACUUCAGCCUUUGACCCGUGCUGCCCAGGCUCCACUUCGCGGCCUCCUGCUUACGUUUCCCAUGCCACCCCUGGGCCAAGCCAGCCAGCUGUGGUGGACUCAUUCAGCCCCUCCAUGGUGGCUCAGCCGCAGCCACAGACACAACCGCAGCCCUGUAGACAUUAUAUGCAUCCGUCUUAUGGCUCCCUAACCCGCUCACUGCAUCAUCAGCCUUCUUCCGCUUGUCCUCAUUCCCAUGGAAACCCCCAACUUACGCCUCAGCCCCCUCCUCAAGGCGAGUUUGUCAUUCCCCACACCUUUCAUGCACCGCUUCCAUCCCACCCUUCAGGCCACGCUGUGCCCCCUGCCCCACCCCCUCCUCUGUCCACCCACCACCUCUCUACUUCAAGUGCCCCACUGGCCCAGCAUCUUCCCACAGACCACCAGACCCUGCCGCACCAUUUGCCGGCACUGGGGGCUUCGGUGCAGAGGCUCCAUCAGCAUGAGAUGCUGCAGAGGAUGGAGGUUCAGAGGCGCAGGAUGAUGCAGCACCCCACACGAGCACACGAGCGUCCGCCUCCACACCCCCACAGAAUGCACCCCAACUACGGCCAUGGACACCACAUCCAUGUGCCACAAACUAUGUCUUCCCAUCCUCGUCAGCCUGAGCAGAGAACAGCAUGGGAGCUUGGCAUCGAGGCUGGAGUAACCGUGGCACCGUACACUUCAGGGCAUCUGCACUCCCACCUGCCCCACUACCACCCUCCCCCAAGACUGCACCACUUCCCUAUCCCCUUCAUGCACACUGGCAUAUCUGAAGUGACCUACCCGCACAUUAGGUACAUCUCAUCUAGAAUGACUGGCUUUGGAAGAACCUAUGAGGACCUGCUGCAUUUAGAGGAAAGACUGGGGACUGUGAACCGAGGAGCCUCUCAGGGAACCAUAGAGAGGUGCACUUACCCACACAAGUACAAAAAGAGAAAGCUGCAUGGUAAGCAGGACGAGGACGAGGGGGCAGAUGAAGACACGGAAGAAAAAUGCACCAUCUGUCUGUCGAUACUGGAAGAGGGGGAGGAUGUCAGACGCCUACCAUGUAUGCACCUCUUCCAUCAGCUGUGUGUGGAUCAGUGGCUCCUCACCAAUAAGAAGUGCCCCAUCUGCAGAGUGGACAUUGAGGCACAGUUGUCUGCUGAGAGUUGAUGCUGUUUUUCUAACAACCCUUUUGUUGAACAUUUAUUUUGAGAUCAUGUUAAUUUUCUCUUCAGUACUGCAGUCAACCAAAGAUGGCAUGAAUUACCUGCGCAGCUCUACUAUGAGAAAAUAAAAAUUUAAGAGAAAAAGCAAACAAAAAAAAAUAAACAUCUGACAAAAAAGCAUUGAGCCUAGAGUGCCAGCUAUCACAUAUUACUACAACAGCUAGAAUUCUCCAUUAAGGGUUUAAGAUUUUAUUGUAUUUAUAAAAGCUUUUAUGUAGCUUUUGAUUGUUUCCUCAAGUGUCAUUUUUGUUCCGUUUCUCUGCAUGUUUCCUUGCAAUGCAUUUCUUUGCACAUAUAAUGUGGGCUUAACACGGCCUAACAAGUUGCAGGUGAGGAUAGCUGCUCUAGUAAAGAUGCAUUUCUGUAAACCUAAUGCCUUGCUUUACUAGAAUAGAAUGUCAACCUCCAGUUUAAAAAAAAAAAACAAAACAAAACAUUGCAGGAUUCAUUUUACCAAUCAUUGUAUUGAUUAGUUUAUGUUUAGAAGAUGUGGAUUGUUAGUGAAAGAUGUUUUUUAAGUAAAAUCAAGACAUUCCUAACUAGGGAAAUAUGUUAACAGAUCAGCUGCUGUAUUAGUGCACACCCAGUAUUUCUAGAGUGGAAAUAAACUCCGAUGUUCACCUCACUCCCAGAAUAUGCACAUGCUUUGCUACGAUCCCUCCAGCACCUUCAUUUGACACCGUUACCACCACCAUCUGAUGUAUUUUAGAGAACAAGAAAAAGAAUGUCACGUCCCUCUCUCGACUGUUUUUUCUAACCUGAACGAUUGUCGGCAAACUGCUGUGAAUCUUUUCUUCAUUUUGUUUGGGGUUUCCUUCCCUCAGAUGGGCCUGCGACGCUUGGCUAGGUUUCUGUGAGAUGAUCUCAGGUCUACAUGUGUCUAAGUAGUUUCACACAAGCCUGCAACCUGGGAUCAUUUUUUUGUCAAUUUGAUACUGGCAGUGGCGUUGACUUUUCAUUUCCUGUGCGUGUGUUCAGAGGGAAAUACACAGCUCAAUUUGAGAUAAAUAUUUACUGUUUGUUCUCACUCUUCGAACCAUUUUACCCACCCUCCCUUUUGUCUCUCUGUAGUUGAGCAGCGGAGUCCAUUUAGGCUGCUGCGGAAAGAAAAACACUAAUACUGUUGACUAACUCACUCGCAUAGACUUGCACAAGAGAGAAAAAGGUAGGAGAAUAGUAGUGAAUAUGACAGUGCGCUGAGGCCAUGUAUUUCCACUCUGACGAAUAUUAAAAAAGAAAAAAAAAAGAUAUUUUGAAUGGAGUGUUGAAAUGCAGUACUUAAAGCAGGUAUCCAUGCAUUCAUUGACUUAAAGACACCAGGAUCAUAUUCUGCGGGAUUUAUAUUAGUUUUAAAAAAUAAUAUUAAUAAACUUGGAUAACUCUU